AUGGCGGACAAAGUUACCAUUUAUUUGAAUAAUAACAAUGCUGAAGUUGUGGUUUUGUCUGGCUCUAACUUUAAACGAUGGAAAGAAGAUCUUGAAUUUGCUUUGGGUAUGGCUGACAUAGAUCAAGCCUUGCGUGAGGAUGAGCCUCCACCUCUCACUAAUUCUAGUAUAGCUGUUGAAAAAGAACUUCAUGCUAAGUUGGAGAGAUCUAAUAGGCUAUACAUCCUUAACUUUAGGAGGUCAAUUGCUAAGCACCCCAAAAGUGGCUUGCCUGAAACUAUCAAUGCCAAAAAGUUUCUUGUCCAAGCAGAAGAAAAGUAUCUUGUAUCCAAUAAGGCUAAGACUGAAGAUCUAAUAAAUAAACUUGCAGGGGUGAGGUAUGACUUUACUAGGAAUGUUAGAGAUUAUAUACUUAAGAUAGUCCAUAUUCAGUCCAAACUGAAAACUCUUGAAAUAACUCUUCCUGAUACUUACAUUGUUCACUCUGCUCUUAAUUCUUUGUCUGCUGAGUUUAGCCAAAUGAAAACUGCCUAUAAUACUCAGGAUGAAUCUUGGUCAAUCAAUGAUCUCAUCUAUAAAUGUGUUGUUGAAGAGGAGAAAAAUUGA